GGCCGGCGGCGCGGCGGAGCGUUGCGGCGUCUUCAGUCGCGCGCCGCUUGCGCGAGAGGUGGAGCCGCCGUCGUUGCCUGCGCAGCCGCUGUUCAGCCGUCGGGUGAUGUGCGCGUGAGCCAUGAAGAAGGAAAAGCAGCAGCAGCCACAGCCGCCGGCGCCGCGCGCCGCCGCCGCCGAGGACUUCAUCUUGCGCGAGCGCGGCCAGCUGAAGGCGCAGGAGCAGGCGCCGGUGCAGGCGCCCGCCAAGGGCGCCGCCGCCGCCGCCGCUCUCAGCAAGACGGUGCGCCGCGGAAAGACAUUCUGCCAAAACUGCAAAAAGAAAUGUUCUGGGGAAGUGCUGAGAGUACAGGACAAGUACUUUCACAUCGCUUGUUUCAAAUGCAAAGUGUGCGAGAAAUCCCUGGCACAGGGAGGCUUCUUCUGCAAGGACGGCGGAUACUACUGCACCGUCGAUUACCAGCGCCUCUUCGGUACCAAAUGUGCUACAUGUGGAGACUACGUUGAAGGAGAAGUAGUGACAGCGCUUGGCAACACUUACCACCAAAAAUGUUUCACAUGUGCAAGAUGCAGACAACCUUUUCCAUCUGGGGAGCGUGUGACUUACACUGGCAAGGAAGUGCUCUGCCAGCGUUGCAACCAGAUACCUGUACGUGAUGCACGCUCACCGACUGCUGGAUCCCCUGGCAGUGUGGGCCCUGAAUGUGCUGGUUGCCAGGAGGAAUUGAAAGAAGGGCAGGCUCUUAUUGCCCUUGAGCGCCAAUGGCACAUCUGGUGCUUUAAAUGCCAUGCAUGUGGUGCUGUGCUUCAUGGUGAAUACAUGGGCAAGGAUGGCAUUCCGUACUGUGAGAAAGAUUAUCAGAAACAGUUUGGCGUCAAAUGUGCCUAUUGUAAUAGAUAUAUAUCUGGCAAAGUAUUGCAAGCUGGAGAAAAUCAUCAUUUUCACCCAACAUGUGCUCGGUGUACAAAAUGUGGAGACCCCUUUGGCGAUGGAGAAGAGAUGUAUUUGCAAGGCACAGCCAUUUGGCAUCCUCGCUGUGGCCCAGGGCCCACUGAGAAUGGCGGGGCCAUUCUAAAUGGCAGUGCUCCAGUGGAGAAUGGACACUGCACCAACACAGAGCUGAGCAAGGACAGUGGUCGAGAGUUUGACCACAUGAGCAACUCUGCCAGUGAAAUGCAGUUUUCGCUGCGUUCUCGCACUCCUAGCCUUAAUGGCUCCUUGUAUAGCCCUUAUAAUAGCUUGUCACGCAAGCAGUAUAGCGGUGGAUAUCCUCGCACUGGCAGCCCUGGCCUCAUCCUCAGAGAAUACAAGAGCCCUCAUUAUGGGGAUGACAUAAGCCGCAUUUACACCUACAGCUACUUGACAGAGGAGCCCUCUCUGGGCUACCUGCGAAGGCCCAUUGAGCCAUACGACAAGCCUCCCACUUCCCCACACUUCCACCGACCCUCAUCUGCACAUUCACGUAGCAGUGGCAAGUUUUCAUUGAGCAAAGCCUCAUCUAAGUCUGGCAUGAAGGUGUUAGUGGACUCUAUCCGCUCAGAGACACCACGACCUAAAUCACCUCACAUGAACAACGAGGAACCCAUUGAAUUAGCUCAUUUUCCAGCAGCCAAGCGACCUCCACCUGGAGAGAAGCCCAAAAUUGAGAGAGAUGACUUUCCAGCUCCACCAUAUCCAUACACAGAUCCAGAGCGUCGACGACGAUGGUCAGACACUUACAAGGGAGUUCCUGAAUCAGAUGAUGAAGAAGAAGUAGAUGGUGAGAAGAAGGAUGAGCAUCAAAAGAGUGAAGAUGCAAAAUUGAAGAAAGAGGAGGAAGAGCUCAGCAAAAUUGCAACAGGCAUUGGAAAAGUGUUCCUACAGAAUGUCAAAGAAAGAGAAAAGUUGCGUCAAUGGAAAUUAGCCCAUUUGGAUCCACGAAAUGCCUCUCGCACUCCUUCUGCUGCACGAGAACCAGCUUAUCGUUUACGAUAUGAGUCUCCCAUUAAUGCAUCCCCGUCCCGUAAUGUGGAUCACCCUCGUCCUUGGGAUGAGGAUGAAUUCGACCGCAGUUCCAGCUACCGUUCAUCUGUGGGCAGAUCUGUUGGAACGAUCCCAAGCUACAAUGUGGUGAGCGCUCUACGGCACGUUCCACGGCCUGGAUAUGGGCUGGCGCCUCGAUCCCACACCUUCAGCAGCGGUGGAGGCAGUGCUUCCAACAUCGGCGCUGACUUCUCGUUCAGCGGGAUGGGAGACAAGACUCACAGCACUGAGUUCAGCAGCGGCAAAUCAGACAGCAGUCAUCAUGUAGUACUAUCUCAAGAUGGCAAGUAUGAAUGUGUCUCAGUUCAUCAUAAUGCUGAUCUGCCAGUGUCCACAACAUUUGCGGGUGGUUUGCGUUACGCUGCCUCAUACAGCCCUCAUCUCAGACGGUCUCUGCCUAACAUGUCUCAUCCCAUGAGUACUGAGCCAGCCCGUGUGUAUCCCUAUCACCUACUGCAAAUUACUAAUUACCGUCUGCCUGCUGAUGUUGAUCGCCUUAACCUGGAGCGUCAUCUUUCAGAUGUAGAAUUUGAAACAUUGUUUGGUUGCAACAGAAUGGAAUUCUACAGAAUGCCUCAAUGGCGAAGAAAUGACUUGAAGCGACGAGCACGUCUCUUCUAAAGCAUUUUUGUUUAUGACUAUGGUGGAGCUGCCAGUCUUUGUGGUAGGAACACAAACUAUGUGAUAACCAUGAUGAAUCCUUUCUCUAUAUUUGUGCCAUAGUCAGUUCAGUUGAAAUUUUAAGUGACAUCAUAUGAUUCUCUUGCAUUUUCUGCUCAAGUUAUUUUUAUUUCAACUCACCUCUUUAAAUGUACUUGUGCACAACCCAUUGUAUGAUUAUCCAUUUAUAAUGGGUACUGAAAUACAUUUGGUGUAAUUGACCAAAGAUAUAAAGAUUGUGAAUAAUAGUAAGUAUAUUCAAGAUGGUGUAAUUAACUUGUAUAUAUUUGCGGAUCUUUGAUAUGCGUAUUGAACUGGUGCAGCUGAUCAUAUAAAACUGAAAGUUUGUGUUUAUUGUUGGGCUAAACAAUGUAACUCUGAGCAUGAACAAUGUGAACACUAUGUACAGUUUAAAGGGUAUGAUUGAUAGUUCAUGUGUUUCAGACAAUAAACCAACAUUUCUGUGCUAAAAGGCUCCUGAAUUAACCUUAUGAAGUGGGCUUCUUUUAAUCUUGGUCAGACAAAUUACGUUUUUGCUCUUUGCUGUGAGAAAGUGCUCUUCAAGAGCAUAUAUUGUGCAUUCUAAUUUGGAGAAAUUGUAAUCACAUCAAGGUUUUAAGUGAUGUUUUUCAUCAUGGUUAAUCACUGGGAAUGGUUCUGUUGUUUCCUGGGAAAAAAAAAUUUAAGUAUAAAAGAAAUAAAUUGAAAAGAUGAAAUUUAAGAGAACUUUCACUUGUGGAGGCUGAAUGAGACACCGUAACAAAGCUUUCUCUAGAGUCAGCUGCUUAGGUCAUUGAUUAUAUUGAUCCUUAUAUAAGCUUUAUUUAAUGAAGAGCUACUAUAUGCCCAGAAACUUAUAAAGGUUUCAGAAAAAAUGUACUGUUGACUACUAAAGCUUGUGUUUUUAAAUUACUGAAUGGUACUCUUUUAAUUAUUCAAUCUUGUAGAAAUACUAUCACUUUUAAGGAUGUAUUAAUUUUGUUUUGGAGGUCAGGGGGAUAGAAAGGCCUGGAAGGAUGUUCAUGCCUUCACAUUUUUUUGUCCUCUCACGUUUCUGUAAUUAUUGUUAUUACCUUUUAAAAUAUUCAUUAUAUAAACAUUAAUUUAAUUUCAUUAAUUUUUUCUAUGGUGGAAAGUCAUGAGAGAAUGUAUUUCUUCUUAUGUUUCUAUAUUUACUAUAAUUUACAAUACCUAAUCUAAAUUGCUAUCUACAUGGUAUUGUGACAAUUACACCCAAGUUUAUUGACAUAUUUUUGCCUUAAUUGUUUUAGAAUACUUGACUUAUGUCUUCUUUGUAUACUGAACAAUUCACAAUUGUAGAUGUACAUUUGCAUGUGCAUAUAAAAAUUAUUUAUUGUAUGUCAAGAAGAUUAAUUUUAUGUGUGGCCUUCCAUCCAACUUGUAGAUCUGCUGCUAUAGGAUUGAAAAUGCUGGAAACAUAAUAACAAAGAAAUAAUUUGGUGGUCAGCUAAGCUUGAAAUAUAUAUGCAGAUUAAAGCUUAAUAUUGGAAUAGAGAACUCUUGCAAAUUAAUUUCUUCUAGAGUGUUGCCUUUUUCUUAUGUUCAAAUGAUCCAAAAAGAAAAAGUGCAAAUGCUUUUUUAAUUUGUGUAUGUUCUAAAGACUCUUGCUCUUGAUGGGUUUAUAUUUUAUUUCGUUUGAAUAGAAAUUAUUGUACAAAAUGAUGAAAUCAUUAUUUAAGGCACACCUUUCUGUGAUAGGACUUUAGAAUUAAAUUUCUAAAAAAACUUUUUAACUUUUUCUCGAUUAUAAUUAUUGUGUACUCAUUUUUUCUUAUUACAGAUCAUUAUAUUGAAUGUUACUGCAUACUAAUUAUGUUGAAUUAAAACUUCUAGGCCUUUAAGAGCAAAAUAUAAGGUCCAGAUAUUUAAUUAAUGACAUUUUGACUCAAUUUUGAAGAUGGCCAAGAAACUGGGUGGCUAGUUUAUGUACAUAGUGUAUUAAUUGUUUUUAGGAAGUAUUUAUCAAGAUAUAUUUUGUAUCUGUGCACAUAGUUCCUCAUGUGCCAUGUGGCAAGUGGCUUUUAUUUUAUUUUUUUUUUGAUUUUUAUGGAUACAUGCACUCUCAUGUGUACCGUGACACAUUAAAUUCAAUGUGGCAUUUAUUAUUAUGUAUUGUUUAUUGUCAAAAUGUCAUUUCUGAAUUUUACUUGCACAGGUACAUUAAUUUUUCUUGUGCACAGUGUGUGAUAGAAUUUGUUACUACAGUGUAACUCCUUUACUUAUAAUUUGUAAAUUAAACCAUACAUGCAUACGCACAACAUUAUUUAUGCUUGAUAUUGUAGGUAGGUUUAUAUUACUUAAGAAUCUAUUUUAUCAAUGUUUGCCAGAACAUAUACUAUUCCAUAUACUUCAUAAUAAGUUUAAAUUUGAUGAAACGUUCAUUCUGAAAUUUGUGGAGCUUGUAUUGCUUUCAGAAACAAUCUGUAUAAAUUAAAAUAAGGUUUCAAACUUCAAAUGGUUGGUGUUUUAAAUUUUCUCUUAGAUGCUGCACAAAUUGAUUUCUAGUUUUGUUGCUGCUAUGAGCAUGAUCAAGAGCUGCAAUUGUCUACAUACAGAAAUGUUGAUUCUCAUGAAAUUGGCUUCAGAACUUGUAUUAAGAAGUUACCAGCUUUGCUGAGUUCUGUUUAAUACAGUGAUUCAGCUUUCUUAUAUUUGAUAGUGUUACAUCAGCACACUUUCUAUAAUGUGCUUGAAUGUGUUAAAAAGAUAAGAAGAGGGGGAUAAUUAACCAUUGAAGUACAUAUUAAUAAUACCAUUCAAUUUGUGUAUCAUUUGAAGAAAACUUGAAUUAUUUAGAAUAGCCUUCUCCUUAUUUUUUUUUAUCAAGAAAGAUAAACUUGGAUAUUUACCAAAUGUGAGGCAACUUGUUAAAGUUUCUUUACAUCACAAAUUAAAUUUCUCCUUGUGAAUGUCCUAUAGACUCCACAAAAAAUGUGCUAUUAAAAUGUUACUGGUGUGCUUUGCUGCUACACAGUCCUAUGCAAUGUGAAGUCUUUUAAUGAGAGAAUUAUUGGAUGCAGCAUGUCAGACCCAUGGAAAUCAUUGGGAAAUUGUAUCAACUGGAAAGUGUCAAGUUGUUAAUUAUAUAAUUAGGCACUUAUAUUGAACGAGCACAGUAUAAAUAUUUUUUGUUAGUUUCACUCUUCACAAAAGUUCUGGAUCUUAGAAUUUUAGUUAGAAAAUGCUAUUGUGCAUGGAUCAAAAUUUCCUGGGGCAUUUUCUCGCGAACCAACAAGAUACUGUUAUGGUAUAUGUUUGUCAGUAGACAGCACCAUGAACGUAGUUGUUUCACUGUGUCAGUUUUGUCUGUGCUCAUGCUCGGUGGAAAUAAGUGCAUGAAAUGUGUGAAAUAUCUUGUGUGUUAUACAACAAUAUCCUCUUUGUCAGCUGUACAGAACAUUGCUACUCCUAAGUUCCAAAAGUUCACUGGUUGGGUCUUGCUUGCCCAUUUUGAAAAAUAUAUUUUGCCAUAUGCUACAGAUUUUUGUGUCAUUUAUUUCUAGUUUAGGGCUGCUAUUAUAUUGUUGUAACAUGUAAAUCCUGUAAUUAAAAAAAAAUUUCAAAACAUUUCAACUCGUUUAAGAAAACUAAAGAAAAAUAUAUUCAGUCAGCCAUGUUAGUUUGUGACAUCUGUCAUAUCAAAUAAAUUUUAAAAAUGUCGUAUAAAAAAGUGAGAAUCAUAAUAAAAUUUUAUAAAAUCCAUUAUCAAAUAGGGUAUUGUUUAGAGCACCUAUGGAAAACAUUUUCUUUCAACUCCUAAUGGUUCUGUCUGUGAUAAUAUGAUGGAAGAACAAUUUCAAAACUGAUGUUUCAUGGAGGGAAAAAAAGACGGACAUCUGUUUGCCAUUCAGAUUAUUUUGCUCAUUUGGAAUUACUGUUGGCAGCUAAGUAAUGUGAAAUUUAAGUUGGAGAAGGGACACAGAAAUAUUGCAAAUGUCUUUGUUCAAACUGCUUGAAACACAGAACACAUGUCUUCUGAAACCUGCAUGAUAAAUGAAAUAGAUAUUUUUGUUCCCAACAUGGUCAGUAAUGCGCUCAGCAAUACCGAUCUGUUUACCUCAAUAACAUUCACCCAACAUAAUUUGUUGCAUUAACAAAAGUGUUUGUAAGUUGUUUUAUCUUUAAAAAUUUUAAAACAUGUGCUUAAUGAAUGCUUGCUCAUUAACUUAUUAAUGAAUUUUCUCAAAAUUAACAGAAUAUGUUGGAGAAUAAUACUUAAAUAUCUCAAUUAGCACAAUGCUUUAGUUUUCUUAUAUUUAGGGGUUUUGUGUAUAUCAAAAAAACAUUAAAUUUCUCAAUUCUCCAAUC